GGUAAAUCCUGAACAGAUUCUUUCCUUUCUUAGGUUUUCGUCUUUAGUACUAUCUUCUGGAUCAACAAUGGAGGAUGGUUCAGAAUACAUCAUAGAAUCCUUGAUGGAAGAAAAACAACAUCAACAACAAGCAUGUGAUAUUGAUAUCGAGUUCGCUUCGUCACCCAACAGGCGUCGAAAAUUGGCAGCCGAAUCACCAAAUUCAAACUCGAAAGGGAAAGAGAAAAUCGAAGAAGAAGAAAGAAUGGAUAGUAAAUCUGAUAAUGUCUGUGGAAUUUGUUUCUUAGAAGAAGAUGGAAAAUCGAUUAAGGGUUCAAUUGAUAGUUGUAAUCACUAUUUUUGCUUUGUAUGUAUAAUGGAAUGGUCUAAAUGUGAAUCUCGUUGCCCUUUAUGCAAACAGAGAUUCAAUACCAUUAUUCGUCCACCUAAAGAUGGAAUUUUUAUGAACGAACGGAUAGUUAAUGUUCCUACUCGUGAUCAGGUUUGGCAUCCUCUUGGUAAUGUGUCAACUGGGCCUUCCGAUCCCUAUGGUCGAACAAAUUGUGCUGAAUGCCAAAGCUCUCUGGAUGAAAAUCUCUUAUUACUUUGUGAUCUUUGCGACUCUGCUGCUCAUACAUAUUGUGUUGGGUUGGGUUCCACAGUACCUGAAAGGGAUGUGCAAAGCUGUCAAAUCUCACCCACUACUGCCAGAGGAAAGAAAAUCAAUGCUGGAACUAUGGUUACUGACUCUAGUAUGAAGAUAGCAUGUCAUCGCCGUGAUGUUCAGAGUCAUAUUAAAAUCUUUCGUGAAAACUGGGAUGCUUUGAGAAAUGGAUCACUGCAAUUUUCUUCUACCUCUGGAAGCAGGAAUAGUAAGAUACCUGGCAGUAAAGUAUCUAAUGCCAAGACAAGCCAAUCACAGUCCUCGAGUUGUUCGCGGAAUGCCAACAAUAAGAAUGUCGCUGAAAACUUGUCAAACAAAAAAACCCUUACGAUACUGAUAAAGCAUGGAAGAUGUUGGAUAUUGCCAAAUCGGUUCAACGGGCACGUGAAGGUAAAACUACUCAUUGUGUUUCUAAGCAUCAAUUAGGUAAGAGAAACACGCAGGCAGAUGCAACUGUUACCAACUUAAAUAGUUCUAGAUUAGAAAUCCAAUCUCCCCAACAAAAGGAUCUUAGAGGAUUUGCAUCCGAUAAAAACAUUAGGUGUGAGGAAAUAAUAGCUUGUACAAACUCUAAAUCUCCAAUUUUUGAGAAAGAAAAGCCGUUCAAGCAUGCAAUCGAAGAAACUUUGAAAAGGCAGAAUGGGGGUCCAAGUACUGUUCAUGCAUCAAAAUAUUGUGGAUUGGCAUUUCCUAAACAAGUCCAGAUGUUUGACCAAUUAGACACUCUUCAUAAAAAGGGAAAAAAAUUCCUACACGGGUCAACCAAGAAUCCUCCUUGAAUGGUAUUAAUAAACGGGUUAGGGUUGAUGCUGUAGUUUCUCCCAACAAGUCAUCCCACGGAAUUUCUAAGUUGCUUAAUAGCAGAUCAGAUGGUGGUGCACAUUCUAGCUGCAAGGCAGAGACUCUAAAGGAAAACUGCGUGUUAGGUAAAACUUCGUCCAGUGCUACGCCAAGCGCGGAUUGUGCCAAGAGUGAAAUCCAGUCUUUGGUUAAGCUGAAUUUGAAGCAAUUGAGUAAAGGCAAAAAAUUAGAAACUUAAUUACAAAGGAAUCAAAAAGGAACGAGGGUACAGAGCCUAAAAACCUACGCAAACAGGUAAAAGAAGAUGAAACUCCUGAGACCUGAAACUAAACAAGGAAAUACACCUACAGACUUAUAAGGCACCAAAUAUAUGUUUACUGCUGAAUACACCUCAUCACCUUAAGAAGUACUUUUGGAAAUUAAACUUGAAUCUGUUAAUUCAUGAUCCAGAUUGCAGCAGUCUUUGCCUUUUGUUCAUUAACAAAAUUAGCCGAUUCAAAGUUAAAACCAUCAAUUGAAUGAAGCCAGUUCCUGAUGUGUGUGAUGUUGCAUUUGCUGGUUUUAAUGAAUUCAAGAAAAUUGCUAAGGUGUCAACUCAUACUAUCUUGGCAGCAUGUGGAAUAGAACAUUCAAAGUCAAGUGUCCGUCAACCCUAUCCUCAUCUGGUGUGCAGCCAUACUGUUACUCAAAGCCGUCAACAACAGCUUCAUAUGUUGGAUCCAAUGCACAGUUUUUGCACAGACUGCUUUCAUGGUUUUGUAAAAGAUGUUGUUAACUCCAUCUUGACUGAGAAAGUUGCUUCGUUUGCUUAAACUCGGGAUUCUUGUUAGUCCUGCCUUACUUGUUCAGCGUCCUGGUUUACAAGCAUGUAAAUAGCAUUUUGGCUUUCAAUCAAAGUUUUUGCAUGUUGUU